GGCGGCGGCCGGAGCUUGAGCCCCAGCGGCUGAGGGCGGGCGCGGGGGAGGGAGGGGGGCCGGUCCGCGACGACUCCCCGGACGGCGUUUCUCCUCCGAGCAGCGCCGGUUUCGGCUUUGGGGGGGGCGGGGGUACAGCCCAUCCAUGACCAUGGGCGACAAGAAGAGCCCGACCAGGCCAAAAAGACAAGCAAAACCUGCCGCAGACGAAGGCUUUUGGGAUUGUAGUGUCUGCACCUUCAGAAACAGCGCCGAAGCCUUUAAAUGCAGCAUCUGCGAUGUGAGGAAAGGCACCUCCACCAGAAAACCGCGGAUCAACUCUCAGCUGGUGGCCCAGCAGGUGGCCCAACAGUACGCCACUCCCCCACCCCCUAAAAAGGAGAAGAAGGAGAAGGUCGAGAAGCAAGACAAAGAGAAACCCGAGAAAGACAAAGAAAUCAGCCCUGGUGUUACCAAGAAGAACGCCAACAAAAAAACGAAACCAAAGUCCGAUAUUCUGAAAGAUCCUCCUAGCGAAGCGAACAGUAUACAGUCUGCAAAUGCUACAACAAAGACCAGUGAAACGAAUCACACCUCAAGGCCCCGGCUGAAAAACGUGGACAGGAGCACCGCACAGCAGUUGGCAGUAACUGUGGGCAACGUCACCGUCAUUAUCACAGACUUUAAGGAAAAGACUCGCUCCUCCUCGACCUCCUCAUCCACAGUGACCUCCAGUGCAGGGUCAGAACAGCAGAACCAGAGCAGCUCGGGGUCGGAGAGCACAGACAAGGGUUCCUCCCGUUCCUCCACGCCAAAGGGCGACAUGUCAGCAGUAAAUGAUGAAUCUUUCUGAAAUUGCACAUGGAGUUGUGAAAACUAUGAAUCAGGGUAUGAAAUUCACAUCCUCCACCUGCCCAUGCCGCUUGCACCCCUGGAGAAUCUUCUGUGGACAUCGACCUCUUAGUGAUGCUGCCAGGAUAAUUUCUGCUUGCCAUGGGCAUCUGGCCCCCAAGGAAUUUCGCACCCUGACGAUUACUCUUGACACUUUUAUGUAUUCCAUUGUUUUAUAUGAUUUUCCUAACAAUCAUUUAUAAUUGGAUGUGCUCCUGAAUCUACUUUUUAUA